UCUCCCCAUGUGGCUGUUGCAAAGUGACAACAUUGACGUACCAACUGCUUCUGCCUCCUGAAGUGUUUUUCUGCUGCAGACCUUUUUUUCCUUCAACUGUUUGUGGAAGUUUACGCCUCCUCCUGAACCCGAACGAGAUGAAAGUUGUUGGAUCUACCUGCGCCCUGAAGAUGAAAGUCGGAGAGAUCGGUCUGUCCGAGCAGAGCCUGGCCAUCUCCAAGUGCAAGAUCCCGCUCCUGGACGAGCAGAUGAGCGUGUUCCUGCAGGACAUGAACAGCUGCUACAGCAAGCUGAAGGAGCUGGUGCCCACGCUGCCCACGAACAAGAAGGCCAGCAAGGUGGAGAUCCUGCAGCACGUCAUCGACUACAUCUGGGACCUGCAGGUCGAGCUGGACGAGCCGGAGAAGAGCCGCCAGCUCUCCGCGGGCCAAGUCCCCCGCAAUCCGCUCACCACGCUCAACGCAGAGCUGGCCAGCAUCGCAGUGGAGAACGCCUGCUCGGACGACAGGAUCAUGUGCCGCUAGGAGCGUCAUCCCCACGGCGAGCGAGGCGACUCCGAUGUGACGCCUGGACCACAUCACCAUCUCCAGCCUUGAACUGUGAAUGGACGUUUUUGAAAUUUCCAGUGCUAGAGAAACAUGUUGCGUGCGUCGGCACCACCCUGGCAGGACGGUCUCUGUCCUCCCCCCGGGCUCCCCGGAGCGGAGAGGCCCGGAGAGCCGCGGCAGAGACCCGGUGGUGUCCAUGUAGACCGGGUUAGUCGGGACCAAGGCGGGCUCAGAGCUGCCAGCACCGCUGGCUCUUCCUAGGCUUUCUAGAGCAACUGUCUGUUACUGCUCUUUGUAUCUUGUGUAAAAACAUGUGUAGAGAAUUCAACAUUUUGUAAAACCCUAAUUUCUCAGAUUCCUGAGUGACAAACUGUAUUGUAUAUUACAAUGCCAUAGUAUGUGAAGAUAUUGUUUUCUUACAAUGUACCUUAUCUGUGUUUUUAUUAAAACAAGACGACUAUUUUUAAAA